CCGAUCUGGGGGAAGCAUCGAGAGUUAAUAAACAUGUCAAAAAUAAUUGUGUAUGGUAUAGACUUGAGUCCACCAGUGCGUGCUGUUCUCUUGACACUUAAGGCUUUAGAGCUGCCAUAUGAAUAUAAAGAAGUCGAUCUUGCCAGCGGUGGGCACAAACGCCCAGAGUUUCUACAGAAGAAUCCCCAAGGCACAGUUCCAACCAUAGAUGACAAUGGAAGCAUCAUUUGGGAUUCACAUGCCAUUUGCAGUUAUUUGGUUGACAAAUACGGGAAGACAGAUGCGCUAUAUCCCAAAGAUUUGUUGAAGCGUGCGGGAGUAAAUCAACGUAUGUAUUUCGAUGCCAGCAGUAUUUAUAUGGCGCUGUGGAAUUGCUCGCGUCCCUUUUGGGUCGAAGGUUGCACUGUUGUCAGCAAGGAAAAGACAGGCAACAUUUUGGAAGCGCUGCGUCUUACAGAUGUUUUUCUGGGUGAGAACCUCUAUAUUACCGGUGAUACCCUAACCAUUGCGGACUUUUGUUGCGCCGCCACCGUUUCAUCACUGCCAGCUGUGCUGGAUAUAGAUCCUGUGAAAUAUAGUAAAGUUACGGCCUGGCUGGAGCGUCUCAGCAAAUUGCCAUACUACGCGGAAGCUAAUGCAGUGGGCGCCACUAAGUAUAUCCAGUAUAUGCGCAGCCAGUGGACCAAUGUGGAGCUUUAAGUUUAAGUAUUGAAAUUUUCAAAAGUAAACAUAAAAAUAAACAGCUAUCGAUUAA